GCCUGGGAAUUUGCUAUUCGCUUCCCAUUCUUCCUAUGCAGACACACAACAUGGCGGACUAGAGUCGUCAGCCGACGCGCCCGGAUACAGCGGAUAAACCGUGGGAUAUAGCACCCAGGAAGGCGAAGAAAGUACUCUCGGGAGGGCCGAUACGUUUGGUCGAAGUGAGGAUUCUUUGUGGGCUGCCGUUCUUCCCUGGGUUCGGCAGGAAAACUGACUGCGAAGUGUUGGCAGUGUGUCCCAGAUCGUGCUUCCCUCCUCUGCUAUCACCCAGGUCCCCCCCCCCCACCCCCCCACCCCGCUCUCACUCUCUGUUCGUGGGGUGUGGAGACAGGGGCCGGGGUUGAGAAAAAAAAACGUGGAAGAGAAAGAGAGCACAGAUUCCUUCUUGGCUGUUUCCCCACCUUUCCUCUGGGCCCUACAGGAGUUGUGGACCAAGCUUUGCGAAUGAGUGAUUGAUGCCAACUUCGCUUCUUCAGGGCAGAAUGGGUGUGUAUCCCCUGCUCCUGCUGAUCGGUCUAGCCCUCGGGGCAUCAGGCCAGGAUGAUGUCCCCAUCACAAGUCCUCCUAACGUUACUGUGAUUCCUACAGACCCCCCUGUGGCACCAUCCCUCAACUUCACUCUCGCACCCACACAAGCCACCACCGGCCCACCCACAACUCUCGGCCCAUCAGUCAUCCCAGUGACCACAAUGGUAGCAACAGCAGCAGCAGCAGCAGCAGCAACAACAACCACCACUACAAGCCCCUUUGUUGAGGAGGAUGUUGAACCUGCAGGUCCCAAUGCCACUGGACGGCUGUUACCAGCUGUCCCCCCCCCACCUCAGGCACCGACCGAUGCCUUUCAGGAACCACCGAGCUCCCAGACCCCCUCUCCUUUCAACCCAGCAGAAGGAGACAACAGGACCACGGCCCUCCCUCCAGUCACCCCAACUCCAGAUAAUUAUAGUGAUGAGGAUAUAUUAACUGAGGAGACAGAGACCACCACAGAACCUCGGAUGGAGUUCCCCUCCGACACCAGCCCACAUGACAACAACCCGUCUGAUGACAUGGCGAUCAUAGCUGUCAUGGUGGCCCUGUCCUCCUUGCUGGUCAUCAUCUUCAUCAUCAUUAUCCUCUACAUGCUCAGGUUUAAAAAGUACAAGCAGGCAGGGAGCCAUUCAAACUCCUUCCGGCUGACCAACGGGAGAUCAGAUGAUACAGAACUCCAGAGCGUCCCGCUAUUGGCCCGUUCGCCCAGCACAAACAGGAAGUACCCGCCUCUUCCUGUCGACAAGCUGGAGGAAGAAAUGAACCGCCGCAUGGCCGAUGACAACAAGCUCUUCAGGGAGGAGUUUAAUUCGCUGCCAGUCUGCCCCAUCCAGGCAUCAUGUGACGCUGCCUCCAAGGAGGAGAAUAAAGAAAAGAACAGAUAUGUCAACAUCCUGCCAUAUGAUCACUCCAGGGUGCAUCUCUCAUCUCUGGAAGGAGUUCCCGACUCUGACUUCAUCAACGCCUCCUUUAUUAAUGGUUACCAAGAGAAGAACAAAUUCAUUGCAGCUCAAGGGCCGAAGGAGGAAACGGUAAACGACUACUGGCGGAUGAUAUGGGAGCAAAACACAGCAACCAUUGUCAUGGUGACCAAUCUGAAGGAGAGGAAAGAGUGUAAGUGUGCCCAGUACUGGCCGGACCAGGGCUGUUGGACAUACGGGAACAUCCGCGUGUCUGUAGAGGACACGAUGGUUCUAGUGGACUACACCAUCCGCAAGUUUUGCAUUCAACAGGUUGGAGACGUGUCUGGGAAGAAGCCUCAGAGACUCGUCACUCAGUUCCACUUCACCAGCUGGCCAGACUUCGGGGUGCCCUUCACACCGAUCGGGAUGCUCAAGUUCCUCAAGAAGGUCAAGAAUUACAACCCUCAGUAUGCCGGGCCAAUCGUGGUCCACUGUAGUGCAGGCGUGGGGAGGACAGGAACGUUCAUCGUGAUCGACGCCAUGUUGGACAUGAUGAUGUCUGAGAGGAAGGUGGACGUGUUUGGCUUCGUCACCAGGAUCAGAGCCCAGCGCUGUCAAAUGGUUCAGACUGAUAUGCAGUACGUGUUCAUUUUCCAGGCGUUGUUAGAGCACUACCUGUACGGAGACACAGAGCUGGAGGUGACCUCUCUGGAGUCCCACCUGGCAAAACUCUACGCCCCCUCCCCUGGAGCUGGCUGCAGCGGUCUGGAGGCUGAAUUCAAGAAGCUGACAUCGAUCAAGAUUCAGAAUGACAAGAUGAGAACAGGCAACCUGCCCGCCAACAUGAAGAAGAACAGAGUCCUACAGAUCAUUCCAUAUGAGUUCAACAGAGUGAUCAUUCCAGUCAAACGAGGAGAGGAGAACACCGACUACGUCAAUGCCUCAUUCAUUGAUGGUUACCGUCAAAAAGACUCGUACAUGGCAAGUCAGGGCCCCCUGCAGCACACCAUUGAGGACUUCUGGAGGAUGAUCUGGGAGUGGAGGAGCUGCUCCAUCGUCAUGCUCACCGAGCUGGAGGAGAGAGGCCAGGAAAAGUGCGCUCAGUAUUGGCCCAGUGAUGGAGUGGUGGUCCACGGGGACAUCGCCAUCGAGAUAAAAAGGGAGGAGGAGAGUGAGAGCUACACGGUGCGGGACCUCCUGGUCACCAACAACAGGGAGAACAAGGCUCGAGCGGUGCGCCUGUUCCAUUUCCACGGCUGGCCAGAGGUGGGUAUCCCCACUGAUGGUAAAGGAAUGAUCAACAUAAUUGCUGCUGUGCAGAAACAGCAGCAGCAGUCUGGCAACCACCCCAUCACAGUGCACUGCAGUGCUGGUGCUGGCCGGACAGGGACUUUCUGUGCGUUGAGUACAGUCCUGGAGAGGGUGAAAGCAGAGGGCAUCCUGGAUGUCUUCCAGACAGUCAAGAGCCUCAGACUGCAGAGACCACACAUGGUGCAGACACUGGAGCAGUACGAGUUCUGCUACAAAGUGGUCCAGGAGUAUAUCGAUGCCUUUUCUGACUACGCCAACUUCAAGUAGCCACCUGCCGUGGAUGGAUGGAUGUCCAGAUACACUUCUUACAAAACAUGCACUCACCGGAACACAGUCAGACGCACACACACAUUAGCGUGCAGGAAGCUGCAUGUUACCAUCGGAUGGAUUUUUUUACCUUCCCUUUUUUCUGAUGGAAAAGACUCGUCACAACAUGAUCUGUAGAUGAGACGAACUGCCCGGAGAGGAAAAGGGAACAGAGGCCUCGGCCCGGAGGAGGACAGGGCAGCGCAGUCGGACGGAGAAAAUAACUGAGAUGCCUUCUUGAAUAUUUUGUAAUAUUGGUCUUGUUAAUACAGCCCUUCUCCCUAUUUUCCUCCCACCUCUCCCUCACCCCCCAACAUGUAUAUACACUUACUGUGUUGCAUCUUCUUACUUUGGUUUCAGACACAGUUUUGAGUUUGGCUGCAUAUUCGGGUGGCACCUGUAAUGUAUUUUAUUGGUAUAUACAUAUAAAUAUAUAAAUAUAUAUGAAUAUAAAUCUAGUGCUUUGGAGGCUAAUGUAAAAAAAAAAACAAUCCAGUCACAUUAAGGAUGUUUGGGUUUUUUUUUUUUUUUUUUUUUACUUUUUAGGGAGAGAAACAUUGUUGGCUUGGCUAGAGCCACGCUGUAGCAGUAACAGACACAUCCUGGACUGUUUCCACUCGUAGACAUCCAUUUAGUGAACACACAUGGGGAGCUGUUUUUUUUCUUUUACAGAUUAAAUCCCAAUCUAAUGAGCCAAUUACAAUUUCCCCCCUUUUUGUUUCAGGGGUCAAAGGGUUCAAAGGGUCACUCACUAUUGGAGAUCAGAAACGCUGUGAUGUAGCUCAUUGACUCAGGUUGACACACACACACACACACACAUACAAACAAACUAAAGAGCAGGAGCCAUGACUUUCCUCUGAGCAUCAGUGUGCGUGUGUCUGUUUAAACUGGUGCAGAAGCUGACAGAGACUGCACAGUGUUUUUAACACCGCUGUCUUCUGUCUGUCAGCGGCCAGAAGUCCUCCUCUCACUGGCGACACUCUCACAACCAUGUUUGGACAACAAGCACCCGAAAGCAUCUGUAGCCAACGUAUUCCUCAGCUAUUAAAGAAUAAAGACAAAUAAAUAUAGACUUUUUGUAACCCCACACCAAAUACUAAUUUAGGGAUAUUGUGAAUUCAUCCAUCUUUUAUCAAAUCAUUUUUUACGGUCUGUUACAGUAUCAACGACAAAUGUUGCUCAUGUUGACGAGCCAAACAAUCUCAAGUUGCUCCAUUAAGGCAUCCUUAAAAAAACAACAAUGCUAUAUUACCCAGCAUAGUUCUUUCUUGUUUACAGACACAUGUCAGUAUUGCUAGUAGAUUGUAUCGAGUAUUUCUCUCUGUAUGGGUUUGCCUGACUUAACUCCUUUUUAAAAAAAAUGUUUUUAUAUAUACCUCUACAUCUGCGUCACAUCACUUCGCUGUGCUGUCACACUUUUAAAGAAUUAUCCCUCUUAUUUCCCACUAUGAACUCUGAAACCGAGGAAUGUUUUAUUCGAAUGCUGUUGCUAACAGAGUCCUCAAACAUGGAUACAAUGUUACUUAACUAGUGGAAGCGUGCCAUGCAAUGUGUGCUAUGAUUUUUUUUUUGAUGGCUGUCCUUGGAGGACGCUCAGACUUGAACUACAGCGUUUCUUUUUUAUUUUGAAGAUGUCACAAAUGAGGCUGUGCCCUUUUUUGAUUGUAAUUGAAUAUGAAUAAUGUCAGCUAACCACAGGGCUUCAGGUCAGCUGAAUUUCCACUCAGUCAGCUCAGGAAAUGGCCAAUGCCAGGAUUGUUUUAAAAUUAGAGAUUGAACAAAUACAGCUCGAGUUCAUCUCGGCAUCCGAAUCGUGUUGAAAUAUUUUUAUCUCAAAAAGAAAAACAGAUUUUAAUAUCAUUAUAUUUGGAUUGAUAAUUCUUUAUGUAGAUUGUAACUUAAAACAGUCCCGUACAUGUACAUAACCCACGAAACGCAAACAAGGAAGAAAAAAAAGGAGCACAAUCAGUUUUUGAGUUCUUGACAGCAGACGUCAUUAAAGUUCAUGCUGACAUUUCAGGAAGGCUGAAUGUUGCGUCGAUGUUGAUUGUUUGAACGCUCAUGCACUAUUUGCACCGAAAUCGAAGCCCUUAAAAAAAAAACAUACUCAACCAAAUAAAAGAUGAGAUCAGAAUAUUGACAUGUCCUUCAAAUUCAGAAUAUGGGUACUAAUUUACAAUCUUGAGAAGCUCUUUCAGGUCUCAAACCUCGGAGUUAGCCCCUCUGUAAGCCCCCUAUGGGGACUUGAAGUAGCAGAUAAAGGAAUCGACCGCUCACUGAAACUAUUGACUGUGUGCAUUGUUGUCAUUUCAGGUCUUCUUUUUGUUCCAAAGCCUCACAAGUGCCCGCACUAUUAGUUUAGGUGCCAUUGUGUUCUUCAUUUAUUUACUCUGUCACUUACUGGGUCUCUAUACUGAUUAGAGGAAGGGGUGGGUUUUUUUUUGUUUGGCUAAUCUGUCCUUUCUUUGAUUCCAGUGAAAUUGUGUGUGUCUGGGUCAUUUUGAUCCCUUUUUGGUCUCACUGCAAUUGGACUGCAAACCAGACACUGUGCCAACCAACCCAUCGUGAACUUAGAGAAGUGCCUCUUUAGUAGGUUUUCAAAAGAAACUUGAUGUCAUCCGAAAGUAUUUCCCCGUCUCCAUAUGUAUUCCCCGCUCUCGCCUGCAGACUGAUGACAAACCUUUUUUUUUUUUUUUUUUUUGCGUGACAAAUCAAUAGGGCCAAAGCUUUGACUGGGUCAGUCAUCCAUCCUUUGACAUUCCCUCUGGUCUCAACUAUGUCCACCCCUCAAUUGUGCUGAUAAUCAUAACAUUGAGGUAAUUUUAAAACUAAUUCCAUCUUUGAUUUAAUUUCAUUCCAUAUCACUGAAAUGAGGGGGGGUCCAUGACAGGUAAUCAGGACUGGGUGCUAAAAAGGGCAAAAAUAAAUCCUAAUUUUCGUCCCUCGACAAAUGCAGCUGAAUUGUUAAUGCAGAACAAGCUCAUCGUCCCUCUUUCACAUCGCUUUCUUCCUGGAGCUUUGCCCCAGUGGAGCAUUCUCAACACAGAAAGAAUUCAAACGUUUUAUUUAGAGCCUCAAACUUUCCGCUCUUCUCCUCUCCACCUGUUGUGUGUCCUUUACGUCUUUUUAUCCGCUAACCGCUGUCCAACUACGGCUUCUUUUUGCUCUUUUACUUUGUCCUCAGACCUUUCUUUUCUUUUCCCAGUGGUCACUGCCCACUCCCACUUGUACAUAAUGUAAGGUUAUUUAUAUAUCAUUCCUGUCUGCUGCCUUGCUCUUUUUAUUUUCUUCCCCUCCACUCUGCUUUUUUUUUAAAGAUGUAUAUUGAACUGUAUCGGGACCAUUUUGAACUGUAUUACAGAUGAUUCGUUUGGCCAUUUUUAAUUAGGUAUAAUUGUCUUAAGCAAAUCCUAUUUUUUAAUUUGCCUUUGUCUGUUUCUAGUGUUUUGUUAUUCAACAUUUGAAUAUAUGUAUAUAUAAUUAUAUAUAUGAUAAAAUUAUAUAUAAUUAUAUGAUGCCAAAUGGCCUUUCUAAGCAAGAUACUGUUCAAACCUAAUAAAGUGCUUGAGAUUUUA